AUGAGAAUCGAAAGAUUGAACAAGUGCUGCGGCUCGAGAGGCAAUUUGAGCGCCGUAGACUUCCAACCACAUUCUAGACAAGAAAACACACACAGAAUCGCAACUUCCGGAGGAACAUAUGUACAAAUAUGGGCAAUAGCAAAGACAAAUGACAAAUUAUGUGCACUUCCAGUCAAAUGUGUGCUACUGUAUACUUUCAAGGAACACUCGCCGUACGACGUUACGACAGUUAGAUGGUCGCCGAACGGGCAGUACCUGGCAAGCACAGAUUCAGGAGGAAUCACGAACAUUCUCAGGAGGAACGAAAAGAAAACAGAGCUGAUGGAAAAGAUGAUUGCGUCGAAGCUGUCAGGGGACGCGGCGGAGAUCCCGGAUUCCCUCGAGGAGACGACGAAGGUGACCAAGUACACGAUCAAGUACGACGGCACGGAAAAGCAGAAGAGCAACCACGCAGGAAUCUCGAGAAUUUCACUGACAUCGAAGAGUGUGCAGGUGGAGUCGAAGGAAGUUAAGUCGGACAGCCUGAACCUGCUGGACCACAACAACCUCGACGGGAACAUGGAGUCGUGGGAGGCGCUGGCGACGCUAUCAUGCCCGAAUAACAUGGGCCAGCUCUUCGACAUAAGCUGGGCGCCGGACAACAGGAGCAUCAUCGGAGGAGGAAUGAACGGACACGUUAUCGUCUUCGACAUACACACGAAGGAGAUCGUGGCGAAGUUCGACGCCCUGGAAAACAAGGCGGACUCAGCCUCGGGGCGAGGAUACAUCAAGAGCGUGGCCUGGGACCCAAUGACGCUCUUCGUGGCAGUGCAGAGCAGCACCAAGGAAAUCUCAGUCUGGAGAAGGUCGCCGCCACUGCCGCCGGGGUCGCCAGUGAAGUGGACGUUUAAGCGGGUGCUCUACCAGGAUCACCUGGCACAAGCGUCGAACGCAGACGUGCUGGGAGGCUCGAGAGUGUCCUGGGCGCCGAACGGGAAGAACGUGGUAUUCCCGAACUCGUCAAUCAACACGCAUGAGUUCGCAACCUGCUACCAGGUCAACCACAACACGGACUCAUUUGCACACGCGCUGAGCAGAAACGGCUGUGACAAGAACCAGCUGCAGUACCACUUCGACAUGAGCGACCACAGCAUAGAGCAGGAGCCGCUGCUCCUGAGAGGGCACGCCGCUCGAAUAAGGAACGUGCGCUUCUCCCCGGACAUCAUGAAGUCGACCCUGGCAGACGGGCAGGGAGAAGAGAAGUACUUCCUGCUGGCGCAGUCGAGCGACGACAACAUGCUCUCAGUCUGGAGGUUCAAGAGCGUCCACGGAGCAGCGACGAGCGCGGAGUGCGUGUGCGUGAUUAAGAACUUCCUCGACGAACAGUCGAGCAUUGAGGACCUCUCCUGGGGAGACUUCGGAAGGUGCCUGGCGGUGGCCUCGAGUCAAGGAGGCCUGAUACUGAUACAGUUCACAUACGAGGACAUCGGAGCGAAGUUCCACACGAACAGGAUCCAGGGGAUGAACCUGCAGGACAUGAGCCAGCCCUCGGAGGACCUGUUCAGCUACUCGGACCAGGUGAACGAAGCGAGGGACGAAAGCAAAAGCGGGUCUGACAAAACGGAACCGGAGCUGAAUCACACGUCGGAAGGGAGGUAUAGGCACUCAGGCACAGCAUCAUUGAAUACACAAGGGAGAAUUAAUCAGUGCGUCAGCUGCAUUAGCAAAGGCGUUGAUAUUUCCAAAAUCGAUGAAAGCAUUGUAGAGGGUGUGCGUGACUACAUGAAUAGCGGCGAUAGUGUCGGAAAUCCCGGUGAAAUGAGUAUAAGUGUUGUUAAAAAUCCUGAUGAAAUUAGAAGCAGUGUUAAUAAAAAUCCUGGCGAAAUUAGCAGUGGUAUCGCAAUCAUGGAGGCAAUUUGUAAAAAUAUUGUUACGCGUUGUUGCAAAAAUGACGAAAACGUUGUUUUAACGGUAUACAUAUUCGGGCACAUAGCAUACACGUUUUUGUUGACAUGUUAUCGCAUCUUUGUGUGCCUAACCAUGUAUAAAACGAAGCUGAACGAGAGUUUGGCAAAAAGAGUAAAGAGAUUGAGGACGAUAUCACAUGUGUGUGGUUACAGAGUGCUAGAUUUCUUCUACCUGUGUAACUUUACAGUGGAGAGUGAGUCUAAGGGAAACACGUCAAAGAAAAGAGCGAAGGGAACGAAAAAGAUGAAGGUGACACAGCAGAUUCAACAGGAAAUAGUACAUGAAGUAUGGCUAGACAUGGACUACGGGUCGGAGAACGCACUGAUGAGUCAUUACUGGAAGGACACAGAUUAUGUACCGGAAAUGGGACAGAAGGAAGCACAUGUUGCAGAGAACAGGAUUGAGAGUCCGAUAAACGAAGAGAGUGCGGAAGUAGUCAAGGCGAGGGCGAUGGAACUGGCGUCAGUGAGGUUGGAGAGGCCAAUGAAGAUAGCAAAAACCAACAAAGGAGAGAGGUCGAGAACAACUAGGAGUUCUCUAAGCGGGAUGAACGUGUGUAGCACAGGGCCGUACUUAAACGGAAGCAUGUUCUCACACCCGGUGCUGAGAAGCUCGGUGGCAAUAACAGUGGCCUCCAGAAAGGUGCUGGCAGUCAACUUCUCUAAGACAGUCACGUCGGUCACAAGCGCACUCUGCUGCUUCGACGAAUCGGACUUUAAGAUACACUGGGUCCAGUACCUGAACAGAGGAUACGUGACACACAUGGAGAGCCUGGGAGACCUCGUGGCGGUGCUGGCGCAAAAGUUCGACGGAGAGGCGGGAACGUACCUGAGUGUGCUUAACGUGGCAGAAAACAGAACGCUGAUCGGCCAGGUGGAGCUGGAGGUGGCCCCAGUCUCGAUAUUCAACACGUUAAAGUACACAGACGCGUAUCUCUGCAUGAUAACCACGAAUCUGAGGCUGGUUAUGCUGAAGUACGAGGGCGAGGGCGGCCUGAGGCACGUGAUCGACGUGGAACUGGGCACGAGCUCGAGGGACAACAUAAUUAAAAUCGAAGUCGUCAACACGGCGAAGAAUUGCACAGUUACGCUAAAUGAGAAGUUGAGGAGCCGAUUAGAGAAACAAGGGUUUCAGGGCCAUUGCGCGAGAGGACAUCCAGGACACACCUCAGAACUUGGAGCACAUACAGGCCAAACAAAUAGUUCUGGAGGAUGUUGGGAACAAUUCGGGUGUGAAGAGCAGUAUUUGAACUUGGGGGACAGCCUGGCGUUUAUAGUGUACAAGAGGAAUAAGACAGUGUCGGUAUUUUCGGAAAGGUACGAGGAGUUUGAACUGACCGCGGACCACUUCGAGUUCACAAACAACACUCUGAGCACACACCAGUUUAACCUGGACUCGCUGUUCAGGUUUUACCAGAGUGGGUCGAACACGGAGCUGUUUGCAAAGAUGGACUACAGCGGGUCGCUGUCAAGCGUAAUGGAGUCGUUCGGGAUCGAGUACGAAGGCAUGGAAGCCGCCAAUGUUGUUGGUACCAGCAGUGGUGUCGGUGGCAACAAUACUAGUAGUAACGUUGGUGGUGACAACUCAAACGCCAGUACCGAUGCCACAACCAACAAUACCGGUGCCAAUAACUGUCCUACAACCAAUAAUACUGGUGCCAAUAACAGUGUCGGUACCAACAGCUCUGAUAACAGCAAUUAUCAGCGCGGGGAGCCGGUGCAAUGCCCCGAUGGGCCUCUGGAAAACCAUGAUUUGAUUAGGAACAGGCUAAAGGCGAGUCUGCUUAUCGGGAGUGGGUGGGAGUACCUGCUGCACCUCCGCGAGUACGUCAAGCAACUGCUCACAAGCGGGAACGUGGGCGAGGUGGUGGAGCUGGCGGAGGACAUGUACAAGAGCAUGCUCACACACAUGGAGGAGGAGAGGCCCACGGAGAGCGGCGGAAACCUGCGCGAAAUCAGGGUCUCUGACGUCGCAAAGCACCCGCAGCUGUUUCAGCACUGCAGAAACCUCCUCAGGUGCGUAGUCAUGCCUGCCUUGAGCCUCGUCUUCAAGGAGAUAACCGCACAAUCCCAGUGGAAUCCGGACCUUUUGGAGGAAUUCAGGACCCUAAGUGCACAGGUCGGGUGCCAUUACGGUUCUGAGCAGGGAACCUGCCACUCGCCUGCCAAGGUGCCUGAAUUCCUGCGCAGGAUUUCGCCACGUCUGGACUACUCUGAGCAUGAGAGGGCGAGCCUUCCACAGAAAAUUCUGGUCCUGAUGCGGAACGUUCAAGUAUGGGAGAACAUGCUUAAGGUUUAA